AGCUGAGACUCAGAUCUACUCAAUGUUCCAUUUUGUAAAAUUUAGAGUGUAAAUUACAGAAUUUGUAAUUUCAAAAUCAAGAAUUUGCUACAGCUGAAAAAAAAAUGGCAGGUGGGGCAACAAGGAAAAUUUCAGCAGCUUCAGCUAGGGCUCAUACUCGUAAAGCAAAGCAAAAGACUUCUUUUCCUCUUCCUUUUGGAAUGAUGAAAAAUAUGAUAGCCCUUUUUGGAAUAGUGAUAUUGGCACUGAUUUAUAUGGCAAUUAUGCCUCCACCACCGAAGAUUUGUGGUUCAUCAAAUGGACCUCUAAUUACAGCACCGAGAGUGAAGCUUUCUGAUGGGAGAUAUUUGGCAUAUAAAGAAAAUGGUGUUCCUAGAGACCAAGCAAAACACAAAUUUGUUUUCAUCCAUGGCUUUGAUUGUGUCAGACAUGAUGUUGCUUUGCUCACAACUACUUCUCCUGAGCUUAUGCAAAGUUUGGGAAUAUAUAUUGUGUCAAUUGAUAGACCUGGUUAUGGUGAAAGUGAUCCUCAUCCAAAAAGAACGCCAAAGACCUUAGCUCUUGAUAUAGAGGAAUUAGCUGAUCAAUUGGAAUUAGGAUCUAAGUUUUAUGUUAUCGGAUUUUCUAUGGGUGGACAAGCUGUUUGGGGCCUUCUCAAGUAUAUUCCUCACAGAUUGGCUGGAGCAAUUCUUCUAACACCCGUAACUAACUACUGGUGGGAUAGUUUUCCUGCAAACUUGACUAAACAAGCGUACUACGAACAGCUUGUGCAGGAUCAAUGGACGCUUCGCAUUGCACACUAUUUUCCAUGGCUGACUUACUGGUGGAACACUCAAAAAUUAUUUCCUUCUUCCAGCGUUGCAACGGGCAGCGAGGAUAUUCUUUUAGAACAAGACAGAGUUCUUAUGCCUAUCUUUGAUUCAUAUCAGAGUGAAUAUCGGGACUUGGUAAGACAGCAAGGGGAGUACGAGUCCAUCCAUCGUGACCUAAUGGUAGGUUUCGGGACAUGGGAGUUUGAUCCGAUGGAACUAGAAAACCCAUUCCCUAACGGGGAAGGCUCCGUUCACAUCUGGCAAGGUGAUGAAGACGGGCAUGUACCAGUCAUUCUACAACGAUUCAUCGCGAAGAAACUACCAUGGAUUCACUAUCAUGAAAUGAAAGGUGGAGGUCAUAUGUUUCCAUGGGCUGAAGGAAUGGGAGAUAAAGUUAUGAAGACAUUUUUACUUGGAGAGCCUUUUGUUAUGUAAAAGCUAUAAAGGGGCUAUUGGUUUUAGUAUUGGAUUCAAUGAUCAUUUUUUGUCAUUGAACAAAUUUGAAUAUUUUGUUGAUAAUUAUAUCCCACGUAAGUCGUUGGGACUCUUCAAAAAUAUUAUUGCAUACUUGCAUGAAAGUCGGAUCUUCCAAAUGCUUUACAUUUUUGAAGGGUUCGA